AAUUUGAGAGGUUUCAUGUUGAAGAAAAUCAGUGCGUUAGAGGCUGCAGGAGACCUAAACACAGUCACCAUGAAGCUGGGCUCUGUCUGCACGGCUGGGGCCUUCCACUUUUCUCCUACUAUGCUCUGGGCAGGCCCGAUGCUGCUGGUUGUCUUUGGCUUCUGGUUUCAUGCACCAGCGGCUGGAUGUCCUGCUGCUGCCAGUUUUGAGACACUGCAGUGUGAAGGACCUGUCAGCACCCAGGACAGCAGCUGCGAUACUGAGGAGGACUUGACGAGCCCAAGGGAAGUUGACUUCCAGUUCAAAGGCUACACUUUCAGUAAACCCUUCCAUCUGAUUGUGUCCUACGACUGGCUGAUUCUCCAAGGUCCAGUCAGCCCUAUAUUUGAAGGAGACCCACUAAUUCUACGCUGCCAGGCCUGGCAAGACUGGCCCCUGACCCAGAUCACCUUCUACCGAGAUGGCUCAGCUCUGGGACCCCCUGGACCUAAUAAGGAAUUCUCCAUCGCCGUGGUACAACAGACUGACAGCGGGCACUAUCACUGCAGUGGGAUCUUCAGGAGCCCUGGUCCUGGGAGCCCAGAAACAGCAUCUUCCGUGGCUAUCAAGAUCCAAGAACUGUUUCCAACCCCACUUCUCAGAGUCGCCCCCUCAGCUGAGCCCCAAGAGGGGGGUCCAGUGACCCUGAGCUGUCAGACAAAGCUGCCCCUGCAUAGGUCAACUGCCCGCCUCUUCUUCUCCUUCUACAAGGACGGCAGGACAGUGCGCGGCAGGGGUCUCUCCUCAGAAUUCCAGAUCCCCAGAGCUUCAGAGGCACACUCUGGGUCCUACUGGUGUGAAGCAGCCACUGAGGACAACCAAGUUUGGAAACAGAGCUCCAAGCUGGAGAUCCGGGUGCGGGGACCCUCCAGCUCUACUGCAGCCCCCACCUUGAGUCCAGCUCCUCAGAAAUCGACUGUUCCAGAAUCUACUACAACCGAGUCGCCUGGACCUCACCCUCCACUGUCCACUCCUUCUAAGAAUCCAGGCUUCUCCUCUCCUCUGCGGGUGCCAGACCCCCAUCUGAAUCACCAGAUGGGCAUUCUUCUCAAACAAAUGCAGGAUAUGAGAGCUCUCCUUGGUCACCUGGUCAUGGAGCUGAGGGACUUAUCUGGCCACCUGAAGCUUCAGACCACAAAGGGUCAUGCCAAAUAGGAGUAAACAAUCCAUUCCCAGUUUUGCCCAACUACUCCCGAUAAACUCAACUUUUUCUACCUUUCCUCUUUCUGUCCUAUAUAUACACAUAAUACCCACAAAUAACUUCACAAAUUGCCCAGUGUUACGGUAGAGUAACAGAGACAGAUGAGUAGACGUAAAUUUGCACAAGGCGAUCAUUGGAGUCUAACUAGAAUUGUGUAUUCUCUCACAAUGUGACAACAUAAUCCUGUUGUCUCUAAACCAGGAGUUGCCUUCUGCUGCCCAGACCAGAAUCUGGUGAUUGAAAGAAAAUCAAUGGUAUGGAUUUAGUGCAGCGGUCUCAGUCGGAGGCAACUCCGACCCCCAACCAAGGGGAUAUUUGGCAAUGUCUGGAGACAUUUUUGGUCUUCACAUUGCGGAGGGGGGGUGCUACUGGCAUCUAGUGAGUAGAAGCCAAGGAUACUGCUACACAUCAGGUAACACACACUGGACAAGCCCCCACAGCAAAGGAUUAUCUGGCUCAAAAUGUCAGUAGUGCUGAGAUUGAGAAACUUCAACCUAGUGGAAGCUAGGUGUUAGGCUCUGGGGUGGGACUUUACCUCUUUGCUGGCUGCCCCCCUCCAGCAUCGUUCAGCAAAUAUUGAUUACAUGCUGGUAUUUUGUUGGCCUCCACCACAUACCAAAGUUUGUUCUCUGUUAAGUAUACUCAUAAGAUAGUGUCCCUGCCUGUAGAGGGUUUAGACUUUGGGAUAGAGAAGAAGUAAUACCCUUUCCCAUCAAACAAUUAAAGCAGGGUAUUGGAAAAUUUCCUGCAGGAUCUUACUGGACUCAGAAAUAUGUGAUUGAGCAUAACAUUGCCAGAACAAUAAUUAUGGGUUUUAAUACACUUGUGUCUGAAAUGUUUUUCUUUAAAAAAAUACAUAUGUCUAUUUUGGUACCAUAAUAAGACUUUUUUUUCUACAUUUGGACUACUACUGUGCAUUCACAGCCAAUGAAAGAUAGCUUGACAGCUUUUACGAUAACCUUUGGUCGGUGGGUUAGCACACCAUUUAACAACGACCUCAGCCAGCACGCAUUUUCCCAUGUUAUCCUAAAUCAUGUGGUAUGAUGUUAUCUGCUCUAUUCUUUCUUUGUGCCAUUUACUCUGUGCAGUUUUGACCCACAAUGAUUUGUGAUCUCUCCAGACAUGCCACAAAGAAACAAAGGAAUAGAAUCGUGCUGGAUAUUAAAACUUGAGUUUUGUGGUGGUUCUUAAAUACGUGUUUUAUGGUGGUUCUUCGUACUCUAAAAUUCAUGUUCUCUGGUGGUUCUUAACACCUUCAGGGUGAAGGAUCAAGAGGCAAUUGGGAAUUGGUAAAAGCCCAUAAACAUCUUUGCAGUGGGAGGAUCAACUCACAACUGUGAAUGGGAGUUGCAAGAAAUGAUGACCAGAGAUAUUCCAUGACUUUGGUGGCUUUGAAAACAGGGAAGUUCAAUUGCCAAAGGACGGUGCUGGAUGUACCUCCAAAGAUACUAUGUUAUAACCAUCCUACUUGGAGUUUAUCUCAGCUAAUGGUAUCAUUUUCAUGAAUGCAUCCUACAAGCUCUCAUGCUAAACAAGGGAUUCACGUACAGAUAAUAAGAGCUAUCAGAGAUUGGAGAAGGAAGAAAUGGAUACAGCUGGCUGAGAUGGGUGUCACGCUCCUCAAUCGUGGGUCUAUGUGCACCUCUGUCAUCACGCUGCAUUUGAAUUUGUUAUUAUCCUUAUUAUUUCUAUUCGUUGGAGGGUGAGCUCUUUGAGAGCUCCUGGAGCUCUUUGUUCUUCAUUGACUCUUUGCUGUCUAGUUUAAUGAGGCACAGUUAAGCUCUAAAAUUCUGUUUAGUUGAAUUGAGUUGAACCAGCACAAGGGAAUAUAUCUUGAAGAAGAUGGGAAUGAGUGGUUUGUCUGGCAUCAGAAAAAUCUCCAGACUCUGCCCAUGGGACCCAGCCUACUUGGAAGUUGGAAGCCUCGGGGAGAGGAUCUCCUAUCAUCAGGGAUGAGGAAGGCAAGACAAGAGCUGAAAGGAUGGGGGCGAGGGGCUCUUACCUGUCUCCAUCUGCCCUUCUAGCCUGGGGAGUUUGGGAGGGGGUGGAAAAGAGGAAUUGUUACACUGGGUCUGGGUUACAGCAUGUGCAGUUUAGGGUUCUGUAACCCACAGGGGUCCCAAUGCGGCUAUGCUAGAAGCUGCCUCUGGAAUCAACAUUAGGUAACAAGCACCUCCAUUAUCCUGGAAAAUUGAAUACUUGCAUAUACUAUAACCCAGAAUCCAAUGCCCGGGUGUAUAUGCCCCAAAUAGAUUUCAGCAUAUGUGUAUCAGAAGACAGGUAUAAUAACGUUCAUAAUUCUUACAGAUAGUAAAAGCAAAAUUUUGGAAUCAAUUCAGUUGUCCACCAACAGAAAAAUGGACAAAUUGUGCAACUUUCACAGAAUGGAAUACAGUACGACAAUAAAAAUUAACAAACCAUAGUUAAAAUGAAGCAACAUAAAAAAUAUCAGGGAUAUAACUUUGAGUGAAAAAAAACAAGUCCCAGAAGAUACCACACAGUGUGAUGCCCUUUAUACAAAGCUUAAGAACAAGUAAAACAAAAGAAUAUAUUGUUUAGGCAUUCACACAUACGUAGGAUAAACCUUUUAAAAAGGCAUGAAAAUGGAAAUACCAAGAUCAGGAUAGUUACCUUUGAGGGUUGACUAGGGAGAUCAUGAGGGAGAAAUGCAUAGGUAAAUACAAAUUAUUAGUGAUUUAAAAAAAUCUUCUCUGAGUAGAAAUUUAAGUCUCCUUUAAAUAUAUAUCUCUCCGUACAUCAUCUUCAAAUUCCUAUGUGUUUUCUGCCUUUAGCUUUUCUUAGAGGUGAUAAGAAGCCAAGUUUACCUCUUACAAUGUGGAGUUGUUCCUUCCUUUAUCGCUCCUCAAGGACCCAUACCACCCUAUUAAAGACUGUCCCACGUACCCUCGUA